AUGUCCAACCCGCAAUCAACCAAAAAAACAGACCCCUACUCGCCCAGCCUGCAACCCAUCGGCGAACCCCCGCGGCACUCGUACCAAUACCCGUCUGGCGACGUGACCACUGAAACACAAGACCAACCACACUUCCUGAACCUGACAGAGCCGCACGUCGGACAGAGCAACGAGUUUACACAUUACGGGCAGGGCCAGGCAAGGUUCGAGAAUAUGGGCACCCAGGCGGAUUAUGCGUGUGGGUUCUCGACUGGGAGCUGGUAUAAAGAGGGGGUUGGAAUGGAGAGCGGGGCUAUUCGGGGGCAGAAGCCUGGGGAGAAGACGGGGGAGGACACUGGGGAAAGGAGCGAGGGAGUGACUGAUGACUUUUGA